GUUUACUUGUAAUCAGGGGCGGCUCAUUUACUGGGACUGGGCCCCAUUUAUAAUGGUUAUAGCUAGUCUUAUAAUUGUAAUUUCAUAAAAUGUGUUUUUUGUAAUUAUUUUUUUUAUCUAUUUUGUGGAAAUAUUAUAUAAUGCGACUUAGUACAGUUCCAACCUGUUUCUAUUAUCACCAGCCGCCACUGCUAGUAAUAUUGUUAUCAAAUUAAUUGACACUAGGUGUAUCUAUAAGUAUUUAUAGAUUAAUUCGCUAGUGCACCUCGUGAUCAUUCACAAAGAUGUCUUUCAACGGGAAAGUCGUGGUCGUGACUGGGGCGAGUUCAGGGAUCGGGGCUGCAACGGCCAUUCACUUCUCGAACCUCGGAGCUUCUGUGGUCCUAACAGGACGAAACUCUGAGAAUCUUCAAGCUGUUGCGAAACAGUGCAACGAAGAGCGCACCAAAUUCGUUGUAGCCGAUCUGAAUAAGGAUGAAGAUGCGAAUACCAUCGUGGCCUUCACGCUGAAUGCCUUCGGUAAACUGGACAUCCUCGUCAAUAACGCCGGCAUCCUGGAGAUGGGCACCAUCGAAACCAGCGACGUCAAUCAGUACGAUCGCAUCAUGAAUACGAACAUGCGUGCAAUCUAUCAUUUGACCACGGUCGCCGUGCCGCAUCUGAUCGAAACUAAAGGAAAUAUUGUCAAUGUGUCCAGCGUGAAUGGUAUCAGGGCUUUUCCGGGAGUUUUGGCCUAUUGCAUUUCAAAAUCUGCUUUGGACCAGUUCACCCGUUGCAUCGCUCUGGAGUUGGCGCCCAAACAGGUCAGGGUGAACAGCGUCAAUCCCGGUUUGAUCAUUACAGACAUCCACAAGAGGUCUGGAAUGAGCGAAGAGCAGUACAAGGCUUUCGUGGAACGCGCUAAAACCACCCAUGCACUUGGAAGACCUGGAAAACCCGAAGAAGUGGCUACUACGAUCGCAUUCUUAGCUGGCGAUGGGGCAAGCAAUAUUACGGGUGCCACACUUCCUGUUGAUGGUGGAAGACACGCCAUGUGCCCAAGAUAAAUCGAAUUAUACUGUAAAUAAAAAAAAUGUAAAUAAAAUUAUGUUUCGUUAUAAAUUGGUUGUAAAAUACAUGGUUAAAGUUGAUUACAUUUAUAAAAUAAAUUUCUUGAAAUCUUUCAUA